AUGGUGUAUCUGGAUCACAAUGCAACGACGCAGCCGACUCCUGGGGUGGUUGAGGGGGUGCAUCGCGCGAUGACGGAGCUGUGGGGGAAUCCGUCGAGUGUGCAUCGGUUUGGUCAGGAAGCGAAGCACGCGGUGGAGGUGGCGCGGGGACAGAUCGCGAAGCUCAUCGGCGCGGCGGGCGGCGGGCGCGGCGUGGUGUUUACAGGGACUGGGAGCGAGGCGAUCGGGCUGGCGAUCCGCGGCGUGAUGGGCGCGCUGUCGGUCACUGGACGGCGCGUGGUGGUGACGAGCAGCGUCGAGCACUCGGCGGUGCGCGAUCUGUGCGAGCAGCUUGAGCGCGACGGGAUCAUCGAGCAUCGCGUGGUUGGGGUGGGUCAUGACGGGGUGCUGCUGCGCGAUCAACUGGAAGCGGCGCUGGAUGAUUCGGUCGGGGUGGUGAGCAUCCAGUGGGUGAACAACGAGACGGGGGUGGUGCAGGAUGUGGGGAUGAUCGGCGAGAUGUGUCGGGCGCAUGGGGCGGUGUUCCACUGCGAUGCGACGCAGUGGGUGGGGAAGAUGGAGACGCGCGUUGAUGGGGAUGAGACAGCGCUUGGAUCAUUGAUUGAUGUGCUGACUUGCUCUCCUCACAAGUUUCAUGGGAUCAAAGGGGUUGGGGUGUUGUGGGCGCGCAAUGGUGGGGGGCGGCGCGUGCGGAUGGUGCCGAUGAUUCCUGGGAAUCAGGAGCUUGGUCGCCGCGGCGGGACGGAGGGGGUGCCUGCGAUCGUGGGGGCUGGGGUUGCGGCGCAGGAAGCGAUGGAGUGGCUGGCGUUGGGAGAAGUCGAGCGCCGGCGCGUGGCGUUGCUGCGAGAUCGGCUCGAGGGUGCGAUCGUGACGCGGUGUAGAGCAUCGGGGAUGGAUGUUGAGGUCAAUGGUGCUCAGAGCGAGCGGAUCUGGAGCGCGACGAAUAUUGGGUUUGGGGGACUCGAGAGCGAGGCGUUGCUGCUUGCGAUGAGCGAGCGUGGGCUCUGCGCAUCGGCGGGCGCGGCGUGCUCAUCGGGAUCGCUCGAAGCGUCGGCGGUGCUGACGGCGAUGGGGAUCGAUCGGAAGAUCGCGCACGGGAGUGUGCGUUUGAGUUUGUCGCGCUUUACGACGGAGCACGAGGUUGAUGAGGGGAUCGAGAUCGUGUGCAAAGCGGUGGAGACGGAGUGCGAUCAGUUGAUGCGUUCUCUGAAGCGUGUGAGCCGGGACCAAUCCGCGGCGGUGGAGGCGUGGAUGACGGGGGCGCCGGAUGAUCUGCAAACACUGGGAUGGGUGAACGGGCUCAAGGGAGGGAAGCUUGAGAUCGGGGUCGAGAACGCGGGGGCGCGCCAUCGCGUCGAUCGUUGGCUGCGGAGUGGUGGUCUUGAGAUGAUGCGCGAGCUUGGGAAGUUCGUCGAGCGCGAGUUCGACGAGCGCGUCGGUCCAUUGCUUUGGGUCAUCUAUCGGGAGCACGAGUCCGGUUUCGGUUUCGUGGUUGGCGUGGUUGAUGACUUCUUUGGGGCCGCCUUGAUCGGUGGCGAUGACCGGGACGCCGGAGGCUUGGGAUUCCAUGACGACUUGUCCGAGUGUGUCGGUGGUGGAGGGGAAGGCGAAGAGGUCGCAGGAUGCGUAGAGGGUGGCGAGUUCGGAGCCGUGCUUGAAUCCGAGGAAGUAUGCGUCGUGUUGUUGCAGGCGCUUUUGCAUUUCUUGUCGGUAUGGGCCGUCUCCGAUGAUGAUGAGCUGCGCGGGUUGGUUGGUUGCCUGCUCUAUGCGUUGUUUAAUGCUCGGCCAGUACUGGGUGAUGAUGGGGAGGUUUUUCUCUGUGGAGACGCGGCCGCAGAAGAAGAGUUUGAAACCAGUUUCGGGAACGCCGUUGAUGAGACGCGACGCGUAGUCGUCGGAGCGCGAGAACACGGAGUUGAAGAGCUCGUCGAUGUAUGCGGGGAAGUCGGUGUGGUAGACGCCUGUGACUGGGACGCGCAUGAGUUUGGCGGCGAGCAUCCCGACCAUCCCGACGGCGCCGGGGGUGGAGAUGUGGAUCACAUCGGGGCGGUGGUCUUCGGCGGCGCGGAGCAUGGUGAGCAUUGGUGGGAUCGCGAGGUCGAGCGUGUCGUAUCCCGGCAUGGGGCGCGCGUAGAGGGGGGUGAAGUUCUUGAUGUUGGGGAGGGGUUUGAGGUGGUCGGGGAACUCGAUGCGUGUGGAGGUGAAGACGGUGAGGUCGUGGUUGGUGCGGUGCGCGGUGGCGGCGGUGUUUUGGAUGAAGCGGCAGACGCCGUUGAUGUCGACGAGGGUGUCGGUGAACUUGAGGUGGAUGAAGAUGAGCAUGCGGUGAGGGAAAGGAAGCAUGCGGUAGCGAUGAUGGAGGCGGCUGCUUUGGUGGUACGGGUGAUGGUCAUGUUCGGAUGUCCCUUGUUGGUGAUACAGAAUUGGGGCUUCGUGAUGGGUUUGUGUGGAUUGGUGUUCUUGGGGCGUAUGGGACUUGAUGCGGUGAGGGAUAUCCACUUGUUGUGCUCAAUUGUGGUGAAUUGUGGAUCGGCGUUUCCGGGCGAAGAUCAUGCCUCCUUUGAGUGGACGAUCGGGAGGUGCUUCAUGAUGGAUCGGAUGACAACUUUGGCUCAGCAGGUGCUCGCUUCGGCGCAGCAGUCGGCGAUGGGUGCGUCGCAUCCGGAGGUGGGGUCGCUCCAUGUGUUGAGCGGUCUGAUCGAGGAUGAGGCGGGGCCUGGGGUUUCGAUACUGAAGAAGAUCGGGGUGGAUGUUGGGAAGGUGCGGAGCGAGGUGAGCGCUGAGCUCUCGAGACUCCCCAAGACCAGCAGCGGUUCGGGAACGAGCGGUCGCGAGAUCAUGGAGAUCAUCGGGAAAGCGGACGCGAGUGCUAAAGCGAUGGGUGAUUCGUAUGUGUCGUGCGAGCAUCUGCUCGUGGCGCUGACGCAAGCAAGCGGAGCGGCGAGAGACCUGCUCAAGAUCAACGGCGUGGAAACCAAAGAAGUUCAAAGCGCGAUCAAAGCGAUCCGUAAGGCAUCGGGUGUCGAGAACAUCACGGAUGCGGGGGGCGAGGGAUCGUUCGAGGCGCUCAGUAAGUACUCGAUUGAUCUGACGGAACAAGCGACGAGCGGGAAGCUCGAUCCGGUGAUCGGGCGCGACGAGGAGAUCCGGCGAUGCAUGCAGGUGCUCUCGCGGCGCACGAAGAAUAAUCCGGUGCUCAUUGGUGAGCCUGGCGUGGGGAAGACGGCGAUCGCGGAGGGGCUGGCGCUGCGGAUUGUCAACGGCGAUUGUCCGGACGGCAUGCGCGACAAGCGGAUCAUGGCGCUUGAUGUCGGUCAGCUGCUCGCGGGCGCGAAGUACCGCGGUGAGUUCGAGGAUCGGCUCAAGGCGGUCUUGCGUGAAGUGGAAGCGAGCGAUGGGCGCGUGAUUCUGUUUAUUGAUGAGCUGCACACGAUCAUCGGCGCUGGUGCUGCGGAGGGCGCGGUGAGCGCGGGGAAUCUGCUCAAGCCUGCACUGGCGCGGGGCCGGUUGCGGUGCAUCGGCGCGACGACGCUGGAUGAGUACAGAAAGCACAUCGAGAAGGACGCGGCGUUUGAGCGGCGUUUCCAGAAGGUAUUGGUUGGCGCGCCGAGCGUUGAAGAAACGGUCGCGAUCCUGCGUGGACUCAAGGAACGCUACGAGACGCACCACGGCGUGCGGAUCCAGGACAGCGCGAUCCUCGCGGCGGCGUCGCUGAGCGAUCGGUACAUCACGGAUCGGUUCCUCCCUGACAAGGCGAUUGAUCUGAUUGAUGAGGCGGCGAGCUCGCUCAAGAUGGAGAUCGAAUCGAUGCCCGCGGAGAUCGACGAGCUCCGUCGGAAAAUCAUGUCGCUUGAGAUCGAGCGCGAGGCAUUGAAACUUGAAGACAAGUCCGAUGUGAACACGAGCGAGAUCGAGCGUGUCGAAGCUGAGCUUGCGGGACUGCGCGAGAAGAACAACGCGCUGAGCGCUCGCUGGGAAGAAGAGAAGCAGGAUCUGGAUGUUGCUCGGACGAUCAAGAACGAGAUCGAGCAGAAGAAGAUCGAGCUUGAGCGGGCGCAGCGGGUCGGUGAUCUGGAAGCAGCAGCGAAGAUUCAGUAUGGUGAGCUGAUCGAACUCAACAAGCAGCUUGAAGAAGCGGAGCGGAUGAUUGAUGCUCGUCAGUCUUCUGGUGAGGUGCUGAUCAAGGAAGAGGUUGAUCCCGAGGCGGUGGCGCAGAUUGUUGGUCGCUGGACUGGGAUCCCUGUCGCGAAGCUCAUCGAGAGCGAGCGCGAGAAGCUUGUGCAUAUCGAGGAGCAUCUGAAAGAGCGUGUUGUUGGACAGAACGAGGCGCUGCGUGCGGUGGGUGAUGCGGUGCGGAGGAGCCGAGCUGGUCUUGGUGAUCCGACGAAGCCGAUCGGGAGCUUCUUGUUCCUUGGUCCGACUGGGGUCGGGAAGACGGAGACCUGCAAGGCGCUCGCGGAGUUCUUGUUUGACACUGAGGAUGCGCUGGUGCGCAUCGAUAUGAGCGAGUAUAUGGAGAAGCACGCGGUCGCUCGAUUGGUCGGCGCGCCUCCGGGCUAUGUCGGGUAUGAAGAGGGCGGGUCGCUGACGGAAGCGGUUCGGCGUCGGCCUUAUUCUGUGAUCUUGUUUGAUGAGAUCGAGAAGGCGCAUCCGGAUGUGUUCAAUGUGCUGUUGCAGUUGCUUGAUGAUGGACGACUGACGGAUGGUCAGGGACGGACUGUUGAUUUCAAGAACACGAUCGUGGUGAUGACCAGUAACAUCGGCAGCCAGAAGAUCCUGAGCAUGGCUGAGAGCGGUGCGGAGGAUUGGGAGAUCGAGGCGGCGGUGCGUGAUCUGAUCCGCCGUGGUCCUGGCGCGGAUCUGGAUGCGAAGGGUCUGACGCCGGAUCUUGAGACUGGACGCAUGAACGCGAAUCUUGAUGUGGGGAUGCGCGAGCAGUUCUUCCGUCCGGAGCUCUUGAAUCGGAUCGACGAGACGGUCGUGUUCCAUCAGCUCGGCAAGGAGACGCUGCGAGGAAUCGCGCAGAUCCUGAUGAACGGGCUCAAGGCACGGCUCGCGGAUCGCGGGAUGUCGCUGGAGCUGACGGACUCUGCGAUCGAGAGAUUGCUCGCGGAAGGGUACGACCCGGCGUACGGUGCACGACCACUGGCGCGGACGAUCCAGCGGCAGAUCGAGAAUCCGCUGGCGACCAAGAUCCUCAGCGGCGAGUUCGAACGCGGCGAUCGGAUCGUGGUCGAUGAUCACGGCAGUGGGUUCAGCUUCGUCAAGAGCGCCGCGAAUCACGCGGCUUCGUAA